AUUAUUUGAAAAUACACCCCAUUAUUCAGUGUCACUUGCAUUGAAAAACAAAUACUAGUACUGAGAUUUACUGUCUGGCAAUGGAAUAGUUAACACACCAGCUCAAUAACUCUUUAAAUGAGAUCAAGAUGAAAAUUAUUUGACUGCAUUUUUGAAGGUACUGUACAGUGACCAUUUUACUGUAGUUAGUAAACAAACAAAUCCAUAUUUCUAUUGCAGCUCGUAUGAAAUGGCUCCCCUCUGACCCGCAGCUUAUCUCAGAAGGCCUGUAUUCCAUCGCAGUGGUUCUGAGCUUCUCCAGAAUUGCCUACAUUCUGCCAGCGAACGAGAGCUUCGGGCCUCUGCAGAUAUCCCUUGGGAGGACAGUGAAAGAUAUCUUUAAAUUCAUGGUGAUAUUCAUCAUGGUUUUCUUGGCCUUCAUGAUUGGAAUGUUUAAUCUUUACUCGUACUACCUGGGAGCAAAACAAAACGAUGCCUUUACAACGGUUGAAGAAAGCUUUAAAACAUUGUUCUGGGCCAUAUUUGGACUUUCAGAAGUCAAAUCUGUUAUAAUUAAUUACGGACACAAGUUCAUUGAGAAUAUUGGCUACAUCCUGUAUGGAGUUUACAACGUGACCAUGGUCAUUGUCCUGCUGAACAUGCUGAUAGCGAUGAUCAACAGCUCUUUUCAAGAAAUUGAGGCCGAUGCUGAUGUGGAGUGGAAGUUCGCCAGAGCCAAAUUGUGGUUCUCCUAUUUUGAGGAAGGCAGAACACUCCCGGUUCCGUUUAACCUGGUCCCGAGCCCCAAGUCUGUGCUGUUCCUUCUAGUGAAAAUAAAAAGCAUCAUAGUGACGCUGCUUCGGUGUGAAAAGAGUGAAGUGAAAGAGGAUGCUGAACUGAACGAGAUUGGCCUAAACAAACAUUCCAAUAUCGGAAGCACAGCCUCGCCUACACGAUACCAGAUAAUGAAACGCCUCAUAAAACGAUAUGUAAUAAAAGCACAAAUCGAUAAAGAAAGCGAUGAAGUCAAUGAAGGUGAACUGAAAGAAAUCAAACAGGACAUAUCCAGCCUGCGGUAUGAACUACUGGAAGAGAAGUCCCACAGCAGUGAAGACCUGGCCGAACUCAUAAGAAAUCUUGGAGAGAAACUGUCAAUCGAGUCCAAACAUGAAACAAGCACUGGGCAUCAGAGAAAAGCCUGACAAACUGCCAAUUAAAUAUCUUUUUAAGUGUAACUUUAGCAGAGCAGUUCAAGACAUGCACAGUGAUGAUACCACAUACAGUUAUUCAUGAAACUUUAACACACGCUUUAAAUAAUGAGUUUAUUCUCAUCUUUCCAAACACUUCUAUACACACUUUUUUAAAAUAAAUGUCUUUCAAUUAAGUAUGAAUUUUCAUGAAGCUUGAAUUUGUUUAAAUGAUUGUACAGCACAGAAUAGGUUGUAGGUCUCAACAUACGUUUCUCUGGCAAGGCGCAAGUUGAAACUCCACUUUAUUUUUUUGUCUUUAUUAACUAAUUAAUUAUUUUUGCAUGUCACACAAUAGGUAGGCAAGAGAGCACUGUAUCAGUAAUAAAUGCAGUUUUGCUCUGCAUUAUUUAAAAUAAAAUUGCAGACCUCAAAGAUAUGUGUACCAUAUAUUUACCAUAUAUAUAUUUGACAUGAUAUAGAGAAUGUUGAUAUGUUACAUCAUUUUGACUAACUUUUAUGUGUUGUGGUAUUCCUAUACCAGUAAGCCAAUCCCUGACCUAAUAUUGGAAAAGCAAAAUAAUGUGAUGUUGAAUGGGGUAAGCUGAAAACCACUAAAUGUUUUUUAUAUUUGCAAUAAGGAUGUCAGUUAAAAAAAAAAAAAACAGACACGUCCUCCUGACAAAUCUAGAUCUACCUUUAAACUGUUUAAAAAUAACAACAACUAAACAAAACGCCUAUAUGAGUUAUACCAUUAUAUAAAAGCAACCUGUGAGAUCAUGUUAUUGUCACAUGUUAUUGUCACGUAAGUCAUACCAAAUACUAUUAUACCUAUCUAUUAUAAAGAUAUAGUUUUUUUGUGUGUUUUUGUACUUAAUAUGCGAUUUUUCUCAUAUGGUUAAAUACAAACUUAUUUUCUACUAUCAGAAGGACAUUCUAUGAUGGCUGUUUAAAAGAAACUGUUGCAGCUUUUUAAUACAGAUUUGUAGUUGUUAGAAAUUGACUUUCUCAAAGAAUGUCUAUGACACCAAACCCUCUGUAGCCCAGUAUAUUAGUUAGGCAAUAACUUAUACUAUCUGUAUAUAGUUUGACUCUGCCUCUAUGUGUAUUUCUGCCUAACUGGUUUAUCCACCACAGAAAUGUGCGUAACGUUUGGCAAGACCAAAAUAAGUAUUUCAUUGAUUUGCAAUUCUAACCAAUUUAAACCAAUCUCUCAGUUACUUAUUUGAACCAAUCAUUGACCUAAUUAGUCAAGAUUAACAGGUGUUCCAGAUCUUUAGCCACUGAUGAUGUAAAGACACCUAUAAAACCUGCUGGAUAGGGGCUGUCCAGGACCAGGGUUGGAGACCCCUGCAGUAGAGCAGUGUUACCAUAUUCAAAUGACAAGAUAGCAGUGUUAUUCCAAUACUUACUAUCCAAUGUUUUAAAUAGCUUUCUCUACCAAGCUGGUUUGGCAGACCCUUUCAAUAGGUAAGUUAGUCAAAGAGUAGUGGUGAUCAGGGUCUGUGAAACCAACCAUUUAUAUCUUUAAUUGGAGCAGGAAAACUCCCAAAUACAUCUUAAUAAACAUACAUGUUAAAUAUAUGAGCAUGAAAUUGCAACGGCAGUCUGGUGCUGGAUACACACAAGCACCCUUCUGCAUGUAUAUACUGACAGUUCUUUAAAAUGGAACCGGAACUUCAAUAAAUGAGUUAUUGCAUAUGAAUGAAAUACUUAUUUAUGCCAUCCAAAAUAUAGUGUUACCAACAUGUUUAUACUGAAUAAAGUUUAUGUAAAUACACAAAAUAGUUUUUUUUUAAAAAUAUAUAUAUAUCUAAUAAAGCAAUUAUUUUGAACAAA